AUGGUCGAGUCUCUGGCGCAGAUGUAUAUCACUGGGAUCUGGCUCGAGGCGAUUUUAUAUGGUUGUAGCUGCGUCUUAUUCAGCAUUUGUCUUUUUACCCUUCUAGGCCACCACGGGGCAUCUCGAAACCUAAUUCUUUUCAAACAAAAGCACAACUAUGAUAUGAUGUCUAGAACGCUCCUGUUGUCGAGCGUUGUCCAAUUUUCAUUGGCUACAGCACAUAUUAUCAUAAGCUUGCUGGAGUUGAUGGCUGCUUUCGCGACUUCAGCCAGCGCUGCUGAUAACUACUUCGCUGACCCUGGUGGCAACGAACUGUUCGUCGGUGGCUUCUUUGUAUAUAUCGUGAAUACAUUCGCUCAAGAACUACUCCUAAUUUGGAGACUAUACGUGAUCUGGGGUCGCAACUUCAAGAUUUGUAUUAUGCCGGUACGCUAUAUUUGUCUUAUAGCAUCGAUCGCCGUUUCUGGCUUUAUACCCGCAACAGCAACGCCUCUCACCCGCAAUGUCCAUUCAUACGGACUCGCCGGAUGGGGUCUCGAGACUGGUGUCAAUUUUCUUGCAUCAGGCGGCAUAGCCUACCGUCUAUGGCACGCGGGACGCUGCACGGCUGUUCUCACAGGGCGACCCAACUAUAAGGCUAGCUUCUUCAUCAUUAUUGAAUGUGGGGCCCUUAUCACAACAUGUACCACGGUCAUGUUCGCCCUCUAUGCAGCAAACAAACCGGAGGGACUCGUUGGGGUCGGAGUAGCUACUCAAAUUGCGACUGCCUCGCCGUUACUAAUCAUCGCGCGGCUAGGAUUCACUAUGUCCAAGAGAAAGACAAUUCCGACAGCGACCACCCUUUCUGUCCUCCCGAAUCCCUUGCAACUGAAUGUUAACAGGGAAUUGGAUACAUACAAGGAUUACCCACGGAUGACAUUUCAGCUGGGAGAAGUGGAUUAA